GGCCCUUCUCCUUCAGGACAAAGUUUUAUCCAAGUAUGAAAACCAGAUUACUAUUUAUGCUGACUACUUAGAAGAAUUUCCAGAUACAGAUGAGCUGGUAUGGAUCUUGGGGAAACCUCAUCUUCUUAAAACAGAAAAAUCUAAGCUGUUGUCUGAUAUAAGCACUCGUCUAUGGUUUACGUACAGAAGGAAAUUUUCACCAAUUGGGGGAACAGGCCCUUCAUCAGAUGCUGGCUGGGGAUGUAUGCUACGCUGUGGACAGAUGAUGCUGGCUCAAGCCCUUAUCUGUAGACAUUUGGGAAGGGACUGGAACUGGGAGAAACAAAAAGAACAACCCAAAGAAUAUCAACGAAUCCUACAGUGCUUCUUAGAUAGAAAAGACUGUUGCUACUCUAUCCACCAAAUGGCACAGAUGGGUGUAGGAGAAGGAAAAUCAAUUGGCGAAUGGUUUGGACCAAAUACAGUUGCACAAGUGCUAAAAAAACUUGCCUUAUUUGACGAAUGGAAUUCCUUGGCUGUUUAUGUUUCCAUGGAUAACACAGUGGUCAUUGAAGAUAUCAAAAAAAUGUGCUGUGUCCUUCCCUUGAGUGCUGACACAGCUGGUGAGAGCCCCCCUGACUCUCUGAAUGCUUUGAACCAGAGUAAGGUCACCUCAGCCUGCUGCCCAGCCUGGAAACCCCUGCUGCUCAUUGUGCCCCUUCGCCUGGGCAUAAACCAAAUCAAUCCUGUCUAUGUUGAUGCAUUCAAAGAGUGUUUUAAGAUGCCACAGUCUUUAGGGGCAUUAGGAGGAAAACCAAAUAACGCCUAUUAUUUCAUAGGAUUCUUAGGUGAUGAGCUCAUUUUCUUGGAUCCUCACACAACCCAGACCUUUGUUGACACUGAGGAGAAUGGAACAGUUGACGACCAGACUUUCCAUUGCCUGCAGUCCCCACAGCGAAUGAACAUCCUGAACUUGGAUCCUUCUGUAGCAUUGGGAUUUUUCUGCAAAGAAGAAAAAGACUUUGAUAGCUGGUGUAGCCUUGUUCAGAAGGAAAUUCUAAAGGAAAAUUUAAGGAUGUUUGAAUUAGUUCAGAAACAUCCAUCACACUGGCCUCCCUUUGUUCCCCCAGCCAAGCCAGAAGUGACAACCACUGGGGCAGAAUUCAUUGACUCUACUGAACAGCUGGAGGAGUUUGAUCUGGAGGAAGAUUUUGAGAUUCUGAGCGUGUAGAAUAGUGGGAACUCAGCUGGAGGCCUGUCUUCCAAGUGGCACCAGAAGAACAUGAACUCAUUACGUAAGACUUUUCUAGUCAGUAAGUGCCUGAUUUGCCAACAGCAUACAAACUUCAUAGCAAUCAUGACUGAGCCAAUCACCAUUUCUCCGAAAAAAAGAAACUAAC